AUGUUGAGGCCUGAUCCAGACACGAGUGUCCAUCAGACAUCAUUGCCGACGGCUAUCAGCAAUGAUAGAUCUUCCCAGCGGGCCGACGACGUCGGUUUGGCCACAGCCAGUUCGACAAAGAGAAAUGGCCCUCCUACAACUUACUCAGAGAAGACUACUGUUGUCGAGGAUAGUGGAGAAUCAAUAGGAGGCACAUCGUCGAAGCCCACUUAUGAUCAUACACACCGGAAGCUGAAGCCCAGACAUAUUCAGCUUAUCGGUAUUGGGGGCACGAUUGGCACAGCGCUCUAUGUCCAGGUCGGUAAAAGUCUGAUGAAGGGUGGCCCUGGUAGUCUGUUCCUGGCAUUUUCGAUUUGGUGUUUCGUCAUCCUGGCCAUUACUGUUUGUACGCACCCCGGUCCUCAAGCCCCCAAAUUGCUCUCCCCAGCAAUGCCGCCUGCAACCUGCGCUCCAGAUGCAGCUUUCCUCAUUCGUACCAUUGAGUGCCCUGAAGCGACAAUCUCCCGUUUUCCUGCAUGCUGCCCAUGCGACUCCCUGGCUAUUCUACACUACGAACCUUGGUUAUGUUGCAUCCUAGGUCUGGCUGAGAUGGUCACCUACCUGCCAAUUUCAUCGCCCUUUAUUCGAUUUGCCGGCCGCUAUGUCGAUGAAGCCUUUGGAGUUGCCGCCGGCUACAACUUCUUCAUCUUUGAGGCUGCCCUGGUGCCCUUUGAGAUCACCGCGUGUAAUAUGAUCAUAAACUACUGGAGCGACGUUAUUCCAGUAAGCGGAGUGAUCGUCAUCGUACUUGUCCUUUACAUACUUCUCAACGUCUUUGCAGUGCAAUGGUAUGGCGAAUCAGAGUUUUGGCUUGCUCUCUCGAAGGUGUUGCUCAGCAUUGGAUUGAUUAUUUUCACAUUCAUUGUGAUGCUGGGCGGGAACCCGAAGGGAGAUCGAUUCGGGUUCCGAUACUGGAACGAGCCGGGCGCCUUUGCGGAAUAUUACAAGACGGGUGAUCUUGGCCGAUGGCUUGGUUUCCUUGCAUGUCUGAUCCAGGCCAGUUUCACCAUUGCAGGGCCCGAUUAUGUGUCGAUGGCAGCUGGAGAGGCAGUCAACCCUCGCGGAGUCUUGCCCAGGACGUAUAACGGUAUAUUCUAUCGACUCACGGCCUUUUUCGUUCUGGGUGUACUUUGUAUCGGCAUUCUCGUCCCCUACAAUGAUCCUACUAUGGCCGAAGCCUUCGCCAAAGGCCUGCCUGGCGCCGCUGCGUCGCCUUAUGUUAUCGCGAUGGACAGACUCGGGAUCCCUAUCCUCCCGCACAUUGUCAACGCCAUGAUCCUCCUGGCAGCUUUCAGUGCUGGGAAUAGUUAUGUUUAUUGCGCCAGCAGAAGUCUGUACGGGCUUGCUCUGGAUGGCAAGGCGCCACGAUUGUUCACUAGGUGCACCAAGCGGGGUGUACCGAUUUACUGUGUCUCAGUGGUCAUGCUGAUUGCACUUCUUGCCUUCCUCCAAGUGUCGAACAGCGCAUCUGUCGUCCUGGAUUGGUUCGUUAAUCUGGUAACUGCUUCUCAGCUCAUCAACUUCUCCGUCGUCACGUUUACCUAUACUCGUUUUCGGAAAGCUAUGAUAGCCCAAGGUAUUCCACGCGAAUCGCUUCCAUACAAGAGUUGGUGGCAACCAUAUACUGCCUAUGUUGCUCUGGUUUCCACAACAGUCAUGGCCUUUGUAGGCGGCUAUACUGUCUUUCUGCCUGGGAAUUGGGAUAUCCCGACCUUCCUCUUCUCUUAUACGAUGAUUGGAGCGUUUCCAAUUCUGUACUUUAGUUGGAAGAUUGUAAACCGCACAAAGACGAAGAAGCCGGAAGAGGUGGAUCUCGUGACAGGACUUGACGAGAUCGACGAGUACGAGAGAAACUACAUUCCCGAAAAACCAAGCAACGCGCUCUCGAGAUUCGCUGAUUGGCUUUUCGCUUAG